AUGGCGGAAGUAUGCCUUCAGAGAGUUGUCCCAGGGUUUACCUCAAGCCAAGUUUUGCAAGCUCCAAAAGGGCAUUAUGUAGAACUGAAUUUCACCUUGGAGACUUCAGAUGAAAUACCGUGCAUUGAUGAUGAUAUGUACCUUGAGUUUCGUGAUGGAUACGACGGGUCUGCCAAUCUUCUUGGAAGAUUUUGUGGAAGAAACAUUUCCGGUAUUGUGCGAUCUAGCGGACAGAACUUGUGGUUGAGAAAAUCAGAUAACUCCGAUUACCUUUUCAGAGGUUCAUACAGAAACAAGACUACUAAUAUAACAGUGAAACCCAACUUGGAUAAAGUGCUCAAGACUCAGUAUGUGCUUUUCAACCAUCAUCAAUCCCUAUGGUGUCCAGCACAGGGUGCACCGGCUCCAGUCAUUGUUUGGAGAGAAAACGGCACAGUGGUACAGAACAGUACAAGUGUACUGUAUCGGCUGACCAUCACUGGAGAAAACAGCGACAAUUACAGCUGUGAAGUGAACACACAGGAUGGUUUUGAGAAAAAAGAAAUCCGUCUUGUCAUCGAAAGGUGCCCAGAUCCCUGCCGAUGUACCACUGCAGUUGGAAUUAUGCGCUCGGUAACUCGCGUUGAUUGUUGGAGGAGCUAUUUGCAGUCAGUUCCACAGCACUUGCCCUUUUCUACAGCGAAAUUGAACUUGAGAUACAACCAGAUAAAGGAGCUACCACCUGGAGUCUUCGAUAACAACCCAGAAUUGACCAUAUUAUGGCCUCGUAAUGACAAGAUCAAGAUUACCGAGAAACUGUUUAUAUUCUCUUAAUCAGAAGGACAAAUUUAACGUUAUCUUCAAAAUAUGGUUCUUUUUAAAUCUGAUUUCAAUCAUUAUGAUUCCAGUAAGUUUUAAAACAGGUCAGAGGAACACCUUUAGAAAGCUUUUUCCCCUUACUCAAGCAAUGUAAAAAAUAAUCGCAUUAUCCUUCUUACAUUCAGAAACUCAGCCAUUCGA